AUGUCGGAAUCAGGAAGUUGCCUCAGUUCAGCGGUCAAUUCACCUAUGACACCUGAAGAAAUAAUAUCAGAAAAGUCGGCUAAAAUAAAAAAAUGGGUUAUGAAUAGAUUACAGGAGUUGGAGGACCAAAACGAACGUCUUAAAGCUCAGAAUCUUAAAUGUACCAAUCAACUGAAGGCACUAAGUAGUUUAGCUGAGAAACAAAAGUACUGGAAAAAUAAAAAUAUUAAUUCAAAUUUUUUUUCUCAAAGUUGCAUAGGAAUGUUACCUACAAGUUUAUCAAAAACUAAUUUUGAUUUAACAUCUAUAAUUAAUCAACAAACAACUACUGGUAUUGUUGGUGGUGAUUGUUAUAGAACAUCUGAUGAUAGUGGAUUAACUAGUGAUUCUUCUGGAGCUAUUGGAUGUACUAUUAUGACAAGAUCUACUGCACCAAUAAUAAAUUGUACAAGUACAACUAAAAGUCCACGAACAAAAAAAAGAGAAGGUAGAAAUAAUUACAGAAAUGAAAGAAAAGAUGAUGUUAUGUCUUCAGCAACUGAUUCUUCUCCUUAUGAUGAGGAAGCUAAACCAAUACCAACACCAAGAAGAAGUAAUAAAGGAAAUGAUAAAAUUAAAUAUAAUGAAAAAAUUACUGAUGUUGAAUUAACUUCUAACACUGCUAGUAUAGAACGUGACAGUCUUGAAUCUCCCAGUGGAGAUGAUGACGAUAGUUAUAAUGAUUAUGGAAUAGAAGUAGAGGAAGAUGAAAUUUUUGAAGAGAUUGAUAGUAUUUGUGAUGAGAAAAAUAGACAAAAAUUUCCAGAAAAUUGUUUUACAAAUGAAACACCAAAAAUAGUUAAAAAAGAUUUUGUAAAAAGUAUAUCUCCAGAGUAUGUAAAUAUGAAAGAUAUUAUAUUAAUAAAAAAUGACAAUAUUGAGGAGGAUAAGAAUUAUGAUAGUAUAAGGAGAAAUAAAUGUUUUAAAGAUUCAUUUCACUUAAAGAAUACUUUUAAUGGGACAAUUGAAAAAAAAGAUAUGCCAUUAUAUUCAAAUAUUGAUAAAAAUAAAAUUAAUUUUUCUUCAAAUUCUAUUAAAUCUAUAAAAUAUCCUUUUGAAACUCGUUUACAUCAAAUGGCAGAAAAAUGUUUAAGUAUUGUUGAAAAUGAUAUUAUUCCUACAACAUCAUCUAAACAUUCUUCUGGUACACCAGAUACAACUAUUAUUUCAUUUAAUAGGUCUGAAUCAAAUUUAUCUUGUAAUGAUAAAAUUAUAUUUAAUGGGAAUGGAAAGAUGAGUUUAACAACGGCAUCAUACUGUUCUUCAACACAUAUACCAUCAUCAUCAAAUAAUAAUAAUAAUAAUGAAUAUCAACGUCCAGAUAGUUAUAAAAAUGAUUAUAUUAAAAAUUCUCCAUGUAUAUCAGGUUCAAGUAGUUUAAGGACAAGUUUAGUACCAGGAAGAGAAUGUUAUGAAAAACAGGGAAAUUUAACACAAAUGACAGAUAAUCGAUUAAAAUCUAUAAAAAGAAGAUAUUUUGUUUUAAAAAAUUCUUAUUUAACUAUUUAUAAAAAUCAAAAAUGUAUGGCACGUGAUGAGGGAUUAUGUAUGCAUAUACCAAUGAAAGAUAUUAAAAGUAUUGUAAGAAUAAUAUCAAAAAAUAAUGUAAAAGGUAUACAAAUUACUACAAAUGAAACAACAUUAAGAUAUCAUGGUGAUUCUGAUCUUUUAACUGAAGAAUGGUUUCUUGUUCUAACACAAUCAUUAAGAAAUGCCACUAUUAAUGAUUUAUCUACAAGAGAAAAAGCAAUAACAUCAAUUAUUUGUGGUUGGAUGUAUAAAGUUAAAAAUGGACAUCAAAGAAAACAUUAUGUUAGUUUAGUUGAUCAAAAAUUAUUAUUUUUUAAAAAAUAUGAUGAUAAAAUACCAACAUCACAUAUUUAUUUACAUGGUGCUUUUGUAACAGAAAAAAGUAGGAGUAAAUUAAGUUCAGAUGAAUAUAGUGGAACAAGUGAAGAUGAUCAAGAAACAGGAAAUAAUAAAAUUGACAAUCCUCAUUUAAUUAAUGAAAUACGAAAAAAUAAUGAUUCAAAUAAAAAAGGUGAAUAUAGUAUAUGUAUUGAAGUUCCAAAUCAAGAUCCUAUAUAUUUAGUUUUAAAUAAUAAUGAAGAUAAAGAUAAAUGGUUGUAUUAUCUUAAAGUAGCAAGUCGUGAUGCUUCUUUACAAGGAAGUGCUUUUGAAAUACUUCUUCAAAAAAUAUUAAUCAAAGGUUCUGAACAUAUCAAUUAUAUGUUAUUUGAUGAUUUAUUAUUAAAACCAAGUAUGAAAGAAAAUUUAAUUGAACCAUUAAAUUCAUUUGAUAAUAAAAUAUUAAAAAAAAAAGCUGUUGAGAUGGAUAGAGCUGUACAUCUUUUUGUUACUGUUCAAUUAAAUCCAAAUGCAUUUCAAUAUCAUGUAGAUUUAGCUCAAAAUAUUAUUACAACUGCCUUAGAAGAUGAAUCAUUAAAAAAUGAAUUAUAUUCACAAUUAAUAAGAAUGACAAAUGGUUCAUUAAGUAGUUGUAAUCAAGGAUGGAGAUUAUUAGCAUUAACAUUACCUAUAUUUUUACCAAAACAAUAUGCAUUAUUAUGGUUUUUAAAACAACAUAUUAGAAGAUGGUAUAAUAUAAAAAAUGAUGAUACACCUAUUGUUAAAUAUUGUGAAAGUUUACUUGAAACAUGUAUACAUUCUGGUUGUAGGCAAGAACCUCCAUCAAAAUUAGAAGCAAAAAUUAUAUUAACAAAAGAUUUUUCAACUUCACAAAGUAAUAUGCCAUUCUCAAUACCUAUAUUACUUCCUUCCGGUGAUUAUCAAAUGAUUGAAUUUGAUGGAACAACUGAAAUAGGUCAUUCGUUAUCGUCACUUUGUCUAAGAUUAAACUUAAGACCAGCAUUAUUAAGUGGUUAUGCUUUAUAUGCACAAGAUCCUUUUGGUUCAUCAACAGAUUUAAUUUUAUUAAAAGGUAAACAAAAACUUUGUGAUUGUAUAUCAUUUUGGGAAAGGCAAAUAACAGUUAAUGGUAAAGGUAAAAUUGUUGAAGAUGGUUCAUCAAUCAAAAUACAACUUCGUAUGCGACAUUACUGGAGACAUUUACACAAUGAUGAAACAAUUAUGGAACAAUUAUUUUUAUGUCAUAGAAUGGGUGAAGAAAUUGUUAAGGGACAAAUACCUAUAAGUAAUGAAUUAGGUGAAGAAUUAGCUGCACUUUAUGGACAAAUGGUAUUUGGUGAUUAUACACCACCAUUAAAUUUACAAUUAGAUGAAAUAUUAGAUAAAUUUUAUCCAAAAAAAUUAUUAGAUGUUGUUUGUGUCAGAAGUUUAAAAGUUAAUAUUCUUCAAAAAUGGAUUGAGUUUAAAGAACUUUCAAUUAAUGAUUGUGUUAGAAUGAUUUUAUUUGCAUUAAGAAAAUGGAAAUUAUUUGGAAGUUAUAUGAAAAAUGCUCAAAUGAAAUUACCAUGUAUGCAGGGAAUAUUUAUAGCAAUUAAUGAAUCAGGAGUACAUUUACUAUCAGAGAAACAAUUAGAAAUAAUACGUACAAUACCAUUACAUUCAAUAGUAUCAUUUGGAGAGUACAAUAAUGAUUUUAUGUUAACAAUGAUUAGACAAGUAUCACCAUCAGCUCAUCCAGAAGAAACACCCCGAGAAAGGAUUACUUUUACAAUGGAUCGUAAAUCAAUUGAGCAAAUGACAAUACAUCUAGCUGAAUUUAUUAGGUGCCAAAAAUUGAUAUGGAAACUAUCAAUAAACCACUAA